CAGCGUCAAGUGUUCUCGAGAGCAGUGUAGUUGUUUGGGACCGCCGAGACGCUAUGUCCGGGCUUCCCUCUGCUCUACUGACCAAGUGGGCCACUCCUUUCGACCAUGAAACUGCCAAGCUCAAAGCCUUCCUACCGCUUGGACCGUACCCGCACCAUCUUACCGAGGACAAGUGCUUGAAGCUCCACGCCAUAUACCGCGACGCCGUCAACCAAACGGAGGAGCUCGAGAGCAUCGUCGCCUCCAAGCUGAGCGCCCUAAAACGGAAGCGUAGCCAAAGCGGGAGCACCAUCCAGAACAGCACCGCAAACGCUGCCGGGUGGGAUCAGGCCGCUGGGGGCACCGCCGAAGGCCGCAACACUCCGGGGGUUGGCGGCGGCGGCAGCGGCGGUGCGAAAGACAAGCAGGCAUUGUCGCAACAGCAGCAGCAGCAGCUGCCGAAGAAGAAGAAGAAGAAGGACAAGGCUCGCACGGCGGACGGCGGCGGCGUUGGGGGGGGUGGGGGAGGCGACGGCCAGCCGCCCAAGAAACGAAAAGGAAACUCCGGGAAGGAUAGCAAGAGGUCUGUUCCGCAGGGACCGGCCUGGGCUACGCGUACGCCCAAGGCCGGAGAUCAGGUUGCCGCCAAGGUCGAGGACGAGGCGCUGUGGAUCCUUGCCACGGUGGAAAAGCACAACGAGAAAAAGGGAUUCUUCGUUGUGGUGGACGAUGACGCCGGCGAUGGCAAACGGAGGCAAUUCAAGCUCAGGAGGAGCAACAUACUGACGCUUCCGAGACCGGAGGAAGCCUCGGGCGCCAUAUUCCCGGUCGGCUCUCGGGUGAUGACCCUCUAUCCCCAGACCACCACCUUCUACCCGGCUACCAUCAGCGGCCCCUUCGUCGAAGGCAGGGACGGCCGCAUCGACUACUGCGUGUUGCAGUUCCAAGACGAUGACCCUACUCCGGAGGGAGUCCUUCCUCAUUGGACCCUACCCGCACAUUUCGUGCGCCAUCGAAGUUGACGGGGGACUUGUCCUGUCAACUUGUGUUAAUUGUCGGUGGCGACUACAGUAGAUCCCUCGUGUCACCGUAAUUUUCAAGGUGCGCGACAACUUGUGUGUGGCUCGAUGCCGACAUCGAAGGAGAAAGGAACGUCCGCGGUCUAGCCCAAAACGCGUGUAUAGCAAAGCUCGUGUAUAGGAUUGAUGUGCCCCGACGGGCUGUUGUUGCUGUUGCCCUACUCGGGCGAGGAACUCUUCUAGGGCAAAUCCGGGUUUUAGGUGGUUUAUGUACACACACCAUCCAGAAAAGAGAGGAGAACGACACCGUGUUCAACAAUUGCCGAUAAUAUUCUAAGAGGAUUGGCGCCCUUGGCUGAUGCAAGCCGCGUUCCCAGUGUACAUGUACGCACACAACCCAAAUAAGAAAGUAGUAAAUAUGCAUGUUGCCUGCCUAUAGCGUCAGCCCAUAGCAUCAGCCUCCUUCACGAGGAAAGCGACACGUGGAUGAUGAUUGGAAGCGUAGCAGUGUGUUGAGACGUACAGUGGUAUUUUUCAUAAAUAGGCUGAGAGUCGUCCCUCCAUAACU